AUGGCGGGACUGUCCAUCCGUAACGGACCUGUCGAAAAUGGCGACAUGGACUUGGAUUCGCCCUCUACAAACGGGGCGAAGCGUAAGUCACGAGUCUCGUUAACGCAGGUCGAUUACAAAGAUGGAUCAGAUAGCGAUGGUGAACCUCUGGCAAAACGACCACGAUCUAAAAAGGUCGAGCAAUCCGAUUCGGACGAUGAACCCAUGGUCAAAGCUAGAGGGAAGAAGCUGCCUCCUUCUUACAAGGAAACCGCACUGCCUGAAUCCUCCUCUGAUGAGCAGCCUCUAGGUGUCAAGCUGGCCAAGAAAAAGGCUGACAUCGAGAAGAAGGCCGAGAAGGAGGCUAAAUCUAUUCGUGCUAAAGAAGCAAAGGCAAAGGCUACACCGAAGAAGGCCCUCAAGAACGAAUCAGAUGAUGACCUGCCUCUCGCAGCCAAAAAGCGGCAGUCAAAUGGUUCGGCGGUAAAGAGAAAGUCCACUGGACUAAAGAAGGAGGAGUCUGAUUCUGAUGCACCCAUUUCCAAGAAGUCGAAACCGGCUAGUGCUUCUGCCAAGGGGAAGAAAGCAGUAUCGGCAAAGGACACCAAAGACACCAAGAAAGCCAAAUCCAAAGAACCCAGCGAGGAGGAAGAGGAGGAGGAAUUUGAGUGGUGGAAUGCGCCGAAGCGAGAAGACGACAGCAUCAAGUGGCGAACCCUCGAGCACAACGGAGUUUUGUUCGCGCCAGAAUAUGAACCCCUUCCGAAACACAUAAAGAUGUACUACGAUGGCAAACCCGUCUCACUCGCCCCGGAAGCAGAGGAGGUCGCCACUUUUUGGGUUGCCAUGAUGACUGCCGCAUCUACUCAUCACUUGGAGAACCCUAUUUUCCGAAAAAACUUCUUUACAGACUUCUCUGAAAUUAUCAAGAAGCACGGCGCUAAAGAUGCCCAAGGGAACAAGAUUGACAUCAAGAGCUUGGAUAAGUGCGAUUUCUCCAAGAUGGCAGAAUACUGGACAGCAAAGAAUGAAGCCAAGAAGAGCAUGACCAAGGAGGAGAAAGCAGCUGCCAAGGCUGAGAAAGAUGCGCUCGAGGCUCCGUAUCUUUACUGUACGUGGGAUGGAAGAAAGCAAAAGGUUGGCAACUUCCGAGUGGAACCUCCCAGCUUAUUCCGUGGGCGAGGCGAACAUCCCAAGACUGGUAAGGUCAAAGUUCGAGUUAUGCCGGAACAGAUCACCAUCAAUAUUGGCAAAGGUGCCAAGGUGCCAACUCCGCCAGCAGGGCACAAGUGGAAAGCCGUCCAGCACGACCAGAAGGCUACGUGGCUUGCCAUGUGGCAGGAAAACAUCAACGGCGCUUACAAGUACGUCAUGCUUGGAGCUGCCAGUGAUGUGAAAGGACAGAGUGACUACAAGAAGUUCGAAAAGGCUCGUGAGCUCAAGAAGCACAUUGACAAGAUCCGCCGUGACUACACCAAGGAUCUCAAGAGUGAGGUCAUGGCAGAUCGUCAGCGCGCAACAGCCAUGUAUCUGAUCGACAAACUUGCGCUCAGAGCUGGAAAUGAGAAAGACACGGAAAAUGAAGCCGACACUGUUGGUUGCUGCUCUUUGAAGUACGAGCAUAUCACCUUGCAGCCCCCAGAUCAAGUCACAUUUGACUUUCUGGGUAAGGACAGUAUUAGAUACAACGAAACGGCCCGUGUUGAUCCGCAAGUCUUCAAGAAUCUGAAACUGUUCAAGAAGGCGCCAAAGACGGACGGCGAUGAUCUCUUCGAUCGCCUCAACACGUCUCAACUGAACAAGCAUCUCAACAGCUAUAUGCCUGGGUUGACUGCCAAGGUUUUCCGUACCUACAAUGCGUCCUACACCAUGUCUGAGCUGCUCAAGGAACUCGGGAAAGAUCCACGCUCUCGCGGCACUAUCGCGGAGAAGGUGAAGCUUUACAAUGACUGUAACCGUAAGGUCGCCAUUCUUUGCAAUCACAAGCGAACUGUUGGCGCAGGGCACGAGCAGCAAAUGCAAAAGCUUGGAGAUAGGAUCAAAGGCCUCAGGUAUCAAAAAUGGCGAACCAAGAAGAUGAUGCUCGACAUUGAUCCAACUCAAAAGAAGAAGAAGGGCGCAGCCUUCUUUGAGAAAGAUGAAGAUCUCGAUGACGAGUGGAUCAAGGAGCACCAACAAUUCCUGAUUGAGGAGCAACGCACCAAGAUCACGAAGAAAUUCGAGAAGGAUAACGAGAAACUUAAGGCUAACAAAGAACGAGUUUUGCCUGAAAAGGAGCUUAAGGAGCGUCUCCAGGCAGUCAAGGAACUCGAGGCCAAAUUCAAAAAGGAGAACAAAACCAACAAGGUGGAGGCCGAGGGCAGAGGAGCAAGCGUGGAGAAGUUCUUGGGCGCUAUUGACAAGAUUGACGAGCGCAUCCGGGUCUUGGAAACACAGGCCGAAGACCGUGAUGGCAACAAGGAGGUUGCCCUGAGCACUUCAAAGAUUAAUUACAUCGACCCUCGUCUGACGGUGGUGUUCUCAAAGAAGUUUGAUGUUCCUAUUGAGAAGUUCUUCUCCAAGACUCUCCGAGACAAGUUCCGAUGGGCUAUCAAGUCAGUCGAGGACGCGGAAGACUGGGAAUUCUAG